GAAGGUUUGAUUUGCUUCUGGUGUGGUUUAAUGCUAAGGAUAUGGACCCAUCUUUAAAGCAAAAUGAAACAUCCAUACACAUAUGAUUAUAUAUAUACUAUCUCCUUAUUUAUUUCUGAGUUUUUGAGUUUUUGAGUAUAAUAUUUUUACUCUACUUUAUGCGUGUAUUUAAUAUAGAUUUCAUGCAAUUCUUGGAAAAUCUAUUGGUUUAAUACUGAGAUGUGCGGAUAUUGAGGGAUAUCUAUGAGGAAUGUAGGAAUUUAGAUUUGUAAUUUUAUACAAGGAAGGCUUGUGAGUAUCCUUAGUAGAUUAAGGAUAUUAUUGGACAAUGCCUUUGGGGAUAAAGAGAG